CAAUUAUAUAUGGGCACUUUGCUCCACUCCUAUAAUUUAGAAAAUAAAUACUUUCUGCUCCAUAAAUCCAUUGAUCUUAUAAUCAAAUUCCCCAUAUCAUCUCUGCAACUCUCAAAUUCAAAUAUAAACUUUCAGGUCAUCUCGUGCUGAGGGUCUACCCUAAUAUCCUUUAACGGAGUAUGAUUUCCACAUUCGUCUCUAUUAUACGUUACACAAUUAAAUAUUAACAAAAUUGUUAAUUAAAGAAUCUGGGUACAGUCUGGGCAAGCCCAAGUCUAGAUUCACAGAGGGAUGUUUUUAGUGACCAAUUGAGUGUUAGGACUAAAUUUGCAAUGGAGCGUAGCAAAGGAUUAUAUGAACAAAGUGUAAUAACUGAUGAUGUUGUAGUAUCUAUAGUUGCUGCUGGAGCAAUAUCUGAAAUGAAUAAGGGGGGUGAAAGUUCAAGCUAUAUAAGCACUUCCCAAGAGGGAUCUAGUUGUGGGCCCAAAUCAGAAAACAAUGUGCAACAUACAAGAAAAAUUUCUAUAAACACCCAAAUGUCCCCUGAAAUUUCAAAGAUUGUAAGCCCCUUAUCAACACCUCAAAGACCUCCAAAGAUUCCGAAUGAAUCAAUGAGAAGGCGAACUUUGUUAGCUCGAUCAUCUUUGUCGAAAACUAAGUCUAGAUUAGUCGAGCCACCAUAUCCGAGUGAUGAAGAUAUACAUUUGGUGGGUUCGAAAACACCCAUUAGGCAUUCACCUAAGGUGUCUCCGAGAAUUAGUGUAAGCACUCCGGUUAUUCCAAAAUCGCCGUUUUCUGUACUAGAAAAGGGUGAUGAAGAUGAGGAUGUGGAUGUUUACAAGUCGAUCAAUCUUCAAAAGAAUCUAUUGUUAAGAAAGAAAUUGAAACUAUUGGUAUUGUUGGAGUGGAUCGUUUUUAUUGGCUUGAUCGGUUUGUUAACCGCUAGCUUAACCGUUCAACAUUUGGAGGAUACUUCACUAUGGAGUUUAGGACUAUGGAAAUGGUGUGUUCUUGUCAUAGUCAUAUUUUGUGGCCGGUUGGUGACUGGUUGGCUCAUAACCAUCCUCGUUUACAUGGUAGAACGAAAACUCUUGUUUAAGCGAAAAGUUUUGUAUUUCGUGUAUGGACUAAAGAAGAGUGUACGUGUUUUUCUUUGGUUGAGUUUCGUUCUUGUAGCAUGGAUUUUGUUGGUUAUCCAUGGUAGCAAUAGAUCAAGGAAAACCAAAAAAAUACUACACUAUAUCACAAUGGCAAUAGCCGGUUGUCUAGUAGGAGUCGGAAUUUGGCUAAUGAAGAACAUAUUGAUCAAGACGUUAGCUCUGUCUUUUCAUGUAACACGAUUUUUUGAUAGAAUUCAAGAUUCAUUGUUUCAACAAUACGUUCUUCAAAUGCUCUCCGGGCCUCCAUGUAUGGAGAUGGAAGAAAGUUUAGCAACCACUGGUAAAAACAGUGGCCGCUUGAGUUUAGAGCGAAUAACAAAAGGUGAUGCGGUCAAAGAAGAAGUUAUUAAUGUUGAGAAGUUGCACAAAAUAAACCAGGAAAAGGUCUCAGCUUGGACUAUGAGGGGUUUGAUCAAUGUUAUAAGGCGAACAAAGUUGUCUACUAUUUCGAACACACUUGAGUAUGGUGAAGAUGAUGAUACUAGUGAGCAAAACAAAGAGAUUACUAGUGAAUGGGAAGCAAAACUUGCUGCAGUUACUAUCUUCAACAAUGUUUCCAAACCUUGUUACAAAUAUAUUGAUGAGGAAGAUCUCUUACGUUUUAUGAAAAUGGAUGAAGUGAACAAAGUAUUUCCUUUAUUCGAGGGUGCUGUCGAAACAGGAAAGAUCACAAAGACAGCAUUGAAGAAGUGGGUGGUUAAUUCUUACUUGGAGCGUAAAUCACUGGCUCAUUCGUUAAACGAUACAAAAACAGCUGUGGAGGAGCUGAAUAGAGUAGCUUCAUGCGUGGUUUUGAUAAUCAUAGUUAUAGUAUGGAAUCUUAUGAUGGGGUUUUUGACCACUAAAAUUCUCGUCUUCAUUACAUCUCAAUUUUUACUUGUGGUGUUUAUGUUUGGCAAUAGUGUCAAGACUGUUUUUGAAGCUAUCAUUUUUGUGUUCAUUAUGCAUCCAUUUGAUGUAGGAGAUCGUUGUGUGAUUGACAAUGUUCAGAUGGUUGUUGAAGAGAUGAAUAUCUUGACGACAAUUUUCUUAAGAUAUGAUAAUGAAAAGAUUAUCUAUCCAAAUUCUUCUUUGGCAACAAAACCUAUAAGCAACUUCUACAGAAGUCCAGAGAUGAGUGACUCAGUAGAGUUUGCAGUGGACUUCUCUACUACGGUAGAUACUAUCGCCGCUCUCAAGACUAGAAUAAAAAUGUACAUAGAAAGCAAACCGGAGCAGUGGCGAUCAGGUCAUAGUGUGCAAGUAAAAGAAAUAAUAGACAUGAAUAAGAUUAAGAUGGCUCUUUAUGUCACUCACACUAUCAACUUCCAAAAUGUAGCUGAAAGAGGUAGUAGAAGAUCUGAACUUGUCUUAGAACUCAAGAGAAUUUUAGAGGAGUUGAAAGUAAAAUAUAAUCUUCUACCACUAGACGUGCAUGUCUCGUAUGUAGGGGCUCCACCACCACAUGCUCAAAACUAGGUGCAAUCUCUUGGUAUGUAUGUGUCUUGCCUUUGUGAUCGACACAAUGUAGUUAUAAGGUAGAUUUUAAUUGUUUGAAUAAUGGCUAGUCAUGGGUUGAUGUAACUUUGGAAUUGUAUCUAUUAAAUAUUAUAUUGUCAAAUUAAUUGUGUAAAUUAAUAUAGUUUAGUAAAAA